GUGAUAGUGAUGUUAAUGAUGAUAAUGAUGAGUGUGACGUUGAUGAAACGUUUCGCCUGAUGCAGACGCGGAGGUGGCCGCCGCUGCCCUUGGACGGCUUGCGCAGCUUUGCCCGAAGUUCCCGCUGAAGGCGGUCUGCGUGCUCGGCAGGGGUGCGGCGCGGCGCCGCGGCGGGCUCGCGGGCGCGCCCCAUGGCGCCCAAGAAGGGCGGCAAGCGGCCGAGCUUCGACGGCGCGACCGUGCUCGCCGAGCUGUGGGGCCCCCACGUCGCGGAGGCGGACAGCGUGGCUUACGCCACGAAGCUGGACGCCCCGCUGGAUGCGAAGCAGCUCGUGAAGCACACGGCGCUGCUCCAGGCGACGCGCGCCGUCGCCACAUCGGUGACGCCGAGGGCCGCGAAGGACGUUCUUGCCAACGGCAGCGGGAAAAUUGGCAGCAAGUCCGCGGAUACCAUCGAGGGCCUGGCCACGUGGUUGACCGGCGGGGAGUGCGACGGCAUAUUGAGGAGGAGCUUGGAAGAGGGCCAGGCGUGCGCUGGGGAAAAGGACGGGCUUGCGGCUUGCCGCCGGUGCGCCGAGAGGGGCAUGAAGGGCGGCCGGCUUCUGCGCCUCGUGCGCGAGAACGCGGCGGGCAUCGGGGACUUCGUGGGCAGGGGCUGCCGCGAGAGGUAGAUGGGAGUGGUGAUCCUGAGAAGCUCUUCGUGCCCAUGUGCUUGCAGGAGCCGUGCUUGUCGCGGCGUGGGCGUUGUCGCCCCGGGCGCCGCCGGCCUAGGCGCCGCCAGGGCGGCGGCGUGCGUGCCUUGGCGGCGGGCGGCCGCCAGGCCGUGCAGGGCAGCCGCCGUGCGGUCGAGCGGCCCUGGCGGGAGCGGCGGCGCUCGUCGGCGGCGGCCGCCUCGGCCUCGGAGUUCGCGCACCAGCUGGCGCCCGCCCUGCGGCCUAGGGCCUGGGUGGCUCCGGGCGGGCGGGCUUCUGAAGCAGCGGCGGCGCGCUCGGCGUGUGCCGUGGGCGGGGAGCACGGCGCCUGCCCUCGGAGGUGGCCCUUCACGGGGGGAGCGCUGUGCUCCCUCGCGCCCGCCCUCGGCCCCUGUGCUUGCGUCCGCUCGGGUCCCGUCCCUCGCUCCCCCCCUCUCUCCCUCCCUCCCUCCCUCUCGCCCGUCUGUCCCCCCCCCCCCCUCUCUCUCGUUCCGUCCCUCUCUGUUUC